AUCCCGACUCACAUUUCCAUCAUUCUCUGUUGCCUCCAGGCCCAUUAAUAAUGCACACACACGAGGAGAGUGUACACUAUCGAUAACUGAGCAAUCUGCAGCAUGGCCGCCGUCGUACAAGACCUCCAACCGCUCAACCUCAAGCCAGUGCACGACGAAGACCCGCUCGCUCUGCCGCUGUACGAUGACAAGAUUCACCUCCUUCUCUGCGCCACAGGAUCCGUCGCAACCAUCAAAAUUCCGAACAUAAUAAAAGCGCUGUCAAAAUACUCGAACCUCUCAAUACGGCUUGUCUUCACUGAGUCUGCUACCAAUUUCCUGCGAGGCCAGAGCGCAGAACAGCCCUCGUUAGAGGAAAUAGAAGCCUUGCCGAAUGUAGAUGGGAUAUACUUUGACGAGGAUGAGUGGAGAGAACCAUGGGUACGCGGCAACAAGAUCCUGCACAUUGAGUUGCGGCGCUGGGCAGACAUGAUGGUUGUCGCGCCUCUGAGCGCAGACGCCCUCGCGAAGAUUACACAAGGGUGGUCAGACAAUCUGCUCCUCUCCGUAAUGCGCGCGUGGGACACAACGGGCGAACUGGAUCCGGUCAGAGACAUUCCUGGGCUCGACAGGCCGCGGGAAGAAGGCAGCGAGGGCGCAGUGAGGAAGAAGAGGAUACUUGUUGCGCCAUCUAUGAAUACGGCUAUGUGGAAGCAGCCUAUUACGAAGCAACAGGUUAAGGUGCUAGAUGAGGAUUGGGGCGUAAGAAACGGGGGCUGGUUUGAGGUGUUGCAACCGAUGGAGAAGGAGUUGGCCUGUGGAGAUGUUGGAGGUGGUGCAAUGAAGGAUUGGAGGGAUAUUGUAAAGGUGAUUGAGGAUAGGUUGGGGCUGAGUGCUGGCGACAUGGGAUAGUAUCGUCAGUCUGCAGCUAAUCGGCUAGAAACCCUCGACAACAUAGUCAUACGGUACACCUCAUUGCUAUGCGAGACUCUAAACUACAUAAAUUAGCAAUAAGAAGUAUCUUCUAGUCC